GGAUGGCCCACCGCAGAGCCUGGAUCUCCAGCUCCCGUUGGCCCCACAGUAGCCGCAAGGUUGACCGAGAAGACCCCCUGUGUAGAGCUGGGCUUGGCAUCCUGUGCGCAUGUGGGACCCCCCGGCUCUGGAGGUGCGCCCACAGGAGGCUCCAGCAGCUUCAGAGCAGCCUUCUCCCCCAUCAGGACCGCCGGGCUGGCGGGAGCCAGAGAGGGCCCGCGCCCGCCACCCCGCUCCCGCAGCGCCCCCGCCCUCGGGACGGAGGCGGGUCUGGGGGCGGGGGCGGGUCCUGGCCUUGCGGGCCGCGCCCGCCCCUCUACGGGCAGAGACCGCGGGGUCCCAGGCCGGUGCCCCCUCCCUCGGCAGGAGACGCAUGGGACCGGGAGGCUUCCGAGGAAGCGGGCCCGGAAGCGGAGCCAGACACCUGUGCCGCGCGCCGCCAGCGGGCCGGGAGCGCUUCCGCGUCGCCCGCGGUCUUCGGGCGUGAGUGGACGAGGCCCGGCCCGCCCCUCCGCGCCGCCGAGCUCCGCCCACACCUGGGCGCCUCCGGGGGCGGGGCGGGCGGGGAGCCAAUGGGAGGGGCGGGGCGCAGGCGGGGUGGCCAAUGGGCGUUGGCUCAGGGCGGGCGGUGCGACCCUGGAAGCCAAUAGGAGGGCGAGGGGCGGGGCCCUCGGGCUGAGGGCCAAUGGAGUGGCGAGCCGGGGCUCGCCCGCGGCGCUGGAGGCGGCAGGUUGCGGCGGCGCGGGGCUCGGGGAAGCAGCCAGUUCGAGUCUGGGUCCCGGAGGCCAGCGAGCGCCCAGGCCAGGGAUGCUGUCUGGGCUAGCAGCGAUGGAGCUGAAGGUGUGGGUGGACGGCAUACAGCGCGUGGUCUGUGGGGUCUCAGAGCAAACCACCUGUCAGGAAGUAGUCUUCGCACUAGCCCAAGCAAUAGGCCAGACGGGCCGCUUUGUGCUCGUGCAGCGUCUCAGGGAAAAGGAACGGCAGCUGCUGCCCCAAGAGUGUCCAGUGGGUGCCCAGGCCACCUGUGGGCAGUUUGCCAGUGAUGUCCAGUUUGUCCUGAGGCGGACAGGGCCCAGCCUUGCUGGGAGGCCCUCCUCAGACAGCUGCCCACCUCCUGAGCGCUGCCCGGUCCGUGCCAGCCUCCCUCCGAAGCCACGGCCAGCCCUGGGCCAUGAGCAGCGCAAAGCAUGGACCUUCAGCCUCGGGUGCCCCGGACUGGCCCCCAGCCCUGCACCACCUGACCCUGUGGCCCCCGUAGCACCAGUCCCAGGCUCCAGUGUAGACCUGCAGGGCCUGGAGCGCAGGGUGCGGAGGAACGCAGCGGAGCUGGGUCAGGAGGCCUUCUGGGAGCAGGAGCUGCGGCGGGAGCAGGCUCGGGAGCGGGAGGGGCAGGCACGCCUGCAGGCCCUGAGCGCAGCCACCGCGGAGCACGCUGCCCGGCUACAGGCCCUGGAUGCCCAGGCCCGUGCCCUGGAGGCGGAGCUCCAUCUGGCCUCAGAGGCCCCCGGGCCCCCCUCGCCCACAGCAUCUGCAGCAGAACGCCUGCGCCAGGACCUGGCUGCCCAGGAGCGGCAGAGCGCAGAAGUGCAGGGCAGCCUGGCCCUGGUGAGCAGGGCCCUGCAGGCAGCCGAGCACGCCCUACAGGCCCAAGCCCAGGAACUUGAGGAGCUGAACCGAGAGCUGCGUCAGUGCAACCUGCAGGAGUUCAUCCAGCAGACAGGGGCUGCACUGCCACCAGCCCCGCGGCCAGACAGGGGCCCCCUCAGCACACAGGAUCUUCUGCCUCCGGCCAGAGAAGAGCCCCUCAAGAACCCCUCAGAAUCCUGCUCUAGUGUCCAGCCUGAGCCCAGAGAUUGCCCCAGUGAGGCAGAACUCCUGGAGGUAGCAGCUCUGGCCCCAAAAUGGACGUCCACUGCCAGCCUGGCCCCGGGGUCCCGUGACACAGCGAGCAAGAGCAGCCAAGGCCUGCCUGACCUGGAUGACAGGAGAGCUGGGAGUUGCAGAGGAGUCGUUCCCCCAUGCAGUGGGAAGCCCUGGUGCCCUGGGCCUGAGACAGAGCACCUCAGGGCCCCGGGCUUUCCGCCGUGUGGGGGUGGAGGGAGUCUGCCAAGACCUCUGGACAGGCAGGAGGCCUGACCAGCUCAGAAUGUGCUACACCCCGAAGAUCACGGCUCCUUGUGGGGGAUGGGAGACGUGUGGACACUGCUCAGCUGUGGGUGUGUGCUUGUGUGUGGGUGGUAGCCUUCUUUGAGCCUGCGUACACACAUGGGCAUGCCACCUCCCCUACCCCAACCCUAAAACCUCAAUAAACUGCCCAGAAUGGC